CAGUAAUGUCUCAAGAAGAAGACCAAAAUUCCGAUAACUACGCUCAAAAUCACUCAGAAACAAAGCCUGCUUCUAAAAGUAGCUCAGCUACUGAGCAGCUAGCCAUGCACAAGACUGGCAUAGAGUACGGAUUCCAAGGAGCAGCCAGGCCAAGGGGCACCAGGCGGAAGACCAAGAAGAUCAAUUACAAAGAAGAAAACUCAAGUGGAGACGAAGAGCCUUCCCAAGAUUUCAGCGAGAAAUACAGUGACUUUGAGCCAUCAGUCGAAGAAAAAGAGCCUAAACCGGCUUCUUUCAGAGGGAAAUGAGGCAAUAAGCGAGGAAGGCCUAGAAAAAACCGAGUUCAAGAAGAAGAAGCUCAUCCUAGGCAGAGGAAAAGGCAGAAGAGAGCUGAAAAAAUUCAGAAAAAGACCAUGAAGAGGGACGCGGUUGACUACAUCCUAGAUUUUCACAACUCUUUGUGAUUUGAAUGAAAGGAAGAAGGAGAGCUGAUUCUGUGCGAAAAAUGUCCAAGAGCCUACCAUGAAGGCUGUGUUACAGGGGAACUCAAUGAUAGCGAUAUUUGGGCCUGUGAUUGGUGCAAAGGGUGUAAGCCGAAGUUUUGAGAGAUAUGAUAUGAACCUUGAAAUAGCACUCCAGAGACACCUAAUUUAAUCGAAUGUGCUCUGUGUAACUCUCUUAGUCAUCUCGAAUGUAGAAAUAUACCUUUAAAAUUGCUGUUAAGUGCUCCAUUCUAUUAUGGUAUUUCAGAAGAUAUCAAGAUGUAUGUCUUAGAGAAAUACUCACAAAAGGAGCCCUCCCCAACAAAGAAUUUAUACAAUAUAUGAAAUUACUGACUUGAAUCAAAAGGAAUAGAUUUGUUUAUUGAUUUCAUUGAGGAAGAUAAGGUGGAAUACCUCUUCACAGACAAAAAGCCUGAUAAGCCUGCUGACACUCCAAAAGCUAGUGUCUCACAGAUAACUCAGGGUAGCCAAGAUUGCUCUCAGAUUACAACUUCAACAACAUUCUUUGAUACAAAAAGAUAUUUUCUAGUUAAAUUGAAGGACACACCUUACCUCUACGCUACCUGGCUCGAUGUAGAAGCCUGAGAGGCUCAUAGUAAGAUUAAACUCUCCAACUUCCUAAACAAAAAGUACGAAGAGGCUUAUGAAAAUGAGCUGCUCGAAGAUUCUGAAGAUCAGGAUUGAUACUACGGCAUCUACAAGCCUUAUCUUGAGCCUGAGAGGAUCAUCGAUCAGAGUAAAUAUUACACAAAGAUCGUCAAAUAUCUUGUAAAAUGGAAAGAAUUAGACUAUAAUGCUUGCAGCUGGAUAGAUAAAAAUUUUAUGAAGCAACGUUACCCAUUAUUAAUCCAUGAAUUUGGAAAGAUAAAGCAGCAAGAAAAAGAUCUACUUCGAGACAGAUUUCUCAUUUCAGAAGCCCAUCGAACUUGUGAAGAUGGUAGAGAGAACGACUUUUAUGAAUACAAAGAGCAGCCGAGCUAUAUCACACAAGGAAAGUUGUAUGAUUACCAACUCAAAGGCCUCAAUUGGCUUGCUUACUCAUGGCACCAGUCAAACAAUGUGAUCCUAGCAGAUGAAAUGGGAUUAGGAAAGACAGUCCAAACUGCAUGUUUUCUUAACUAUUUAAUGACUGUGCACCAAAUCACAAAGCCAUUCCUAAUCUGAGUUCCACUGUCAACCCUUCACAAUUGGAGAAGAGAGCUGAAAUUAUGGCUACCUCAGGCAUAUGUAGUAGUCCUUCAUGGAAGUAAAAAGUCCAAGGAAAUUAUUUAUGAGAAAGAGUUCUCAUACAAAAACCAUAGACUCAGCUCUCUCUGAAAGUUUAACGUCUUAUUAGCCACUUACGAAGUAGUCAUGAACGAGCAGAGGAUCCUCUCUAAGAUAGACUGGAGAGUUCUCAUCAUUGAUGAAGGCCAGAGACUUAAGAAUAUUAACUCUAAGUUUUAUGAGAAAGCAGCCAAUCUCUCUACAGAAUUUCGGAUCCUCCUCUCUGGAACACCUUUACAAAACAACUUUGAUGAAUUACUUAACUUAUGAACAUUCAUUUCUCCAGAAGAGUUCAGUAGCAAGUUUAAGGAUGAACUAAGGGAGAUCUUCAACCACUCAUUGCUAGCCAAGAAAGAUACAACUCUUAAAGCCAAAGGCAAAGACAUAAAGUUCAAUGAAGAUGAUGUUCAGAAGGAAACCCUUCUUGUGAACACUCUUCACACACAUCUUGGCAAGCAUUUACUUCGAAGACGGAAGAAAGAUGUCCUGAAGAACCUUCCUAGGAAGAAAGAAGUCCUCAUCCAUUCAUAUUUGACCAAAAGGCAAAGACAAAUUUAUAAACUGAUCUUCAUGAAAAAUUAUGAAGGACUACAAGUUUUGGAAAAGAGUUCCAAGAAAAACACCAAAGUUAGUCUACGUAGCUCCACUAAUAUCUUGACAUAUCUCAGAUUGUGCUGAAAUCAUCCUUUCUUAUUGUCUUCAAGAUACAACCCCUCCCUUCGAGCUGAGAAUGAUCUGACCGAAGAGUCCAAGAAUGGGCAGAAAAUUGAGGAUGACAUUGUAAAAUCUUCUGGAAAGAUGAAAGUUAUACACAGGAUGCUACCUAAACUCCUUCAAAAAGGACACAAAAUCCUAAUGUUUUCUCAAUUCAAGCUGAUGCUUAAUAUCAUCAGUGAUUAUCUAAACAGCCAGGACCUGAAAUUUCUUCGAUUAGAUGGAGAUACUAAGUCAUCAAUGAGGCAAAGAAUCAUAGAUACUUUCAAUAAGGAUGACAGUCCUUACAAGAUAUUCUUAUUAUCAACAAGAGCUGGAGGUCUAGGUAUCAAUCUCCAGAGUGCAGAUACUAUCUUCAUCAUUGACAGUGACUUCAACCCACACAAUGACCUCCAAGCACUAUCUCGAGCUCAUAGGAUAGGACAGAAGAAUGAUAUUUUGAUUUUUAGGCUAAUUUCAAAAUCAACAUGUGAAGAAAAGCUCAUAGAAACAGCACAGCAUAAGCUCCUACUCGGUGGUCUGUAUGUCCAACGAGAUAAACGGACUCAAAACCUCGAUACGGCUAGCUCAAAAUCCACCUCAAUAGAAGCCAAAGAAAUGAACCAGGUCCUCAAGUUUGGUGCCAACAGCAUAUUCAGCAGUGAAGAGGAUGAUUCCUACAAUGACAAGGAUCUUACUGAAGAAGAAAUCAAUAAUCUACUAGACAGAGAGAAACACUUUCAAGAGGAUGACAAAGAUAGCGAACAAACUGGGAUUGAAGACUAUUUUAACGCAUUCAAAGUUGCCCAGAUCCAAAACAAAGUUGAAGGGACUAAGCAUUCAAAGGAUCCCAAAACUGACCAGUCCUGGGAUGACCUCCUUGGCAAGCAAGUCGUCGAUCAAAAGCAGAAAGAGCUUGAAAAUAUGGGUAAAGGAAAACGAAAACGUAACGUAGUAACUUAUAAUGAAAACCGAAAAAAGAAAGAAGAUCCCAGCACUGAAGAGUACUCUUCUGAUGAGAAUGAAUACCAGCAGACUCAAAGUGAUGAGGCCAAGAUUGAGGAUAAAGUGGAGGAAAACCAAAUUACCCCUCAAGAAGAAUCAAAGAUUGAUGAUACGGUUGCUGUCGAGCAAAAACCUCCCCUAGAGGUUCCUCCUGCUGAUUCGGAGCACAUGCUAAUAAAGCUCAAGAAUAUUUGAAACUUAAAGAAAUUAGCUCACCCAGGUUACACAGAAGAAGAGAUAUUAGAAAUAUGAAAAAAAAUUCCCUGCUUUAGCAGAUAUGGAUCGAACAAGAUUUAUUUUACACAUAAAACACCAAUACAUAAUAUCUAAAAAAAUCAAAACCGAAAUGUAUUGAGGUAAAGAGA